AUUAAACACAUUCACUAGUUAUUUACUAUUUGAUACGCGUACCAAGUGCUCGGUGUAAACUAGAGUAGUGUCAUUGGUGUUCGACAUGAUCUCGCGCUCGGCACUCGGCAUUCCUUCUAUUUAUUCUGCGGGCGACGUUUUUGAUGUGUCCGGUGGUGAGAGCACGCGCGAUGCCGCGAUGUCUCGUACGGCGCCGUGAGCGGCCGAUCGUGGCCGAAGCGGAUGACGGAUUUGUCCGUCGCGAUCGAACCGUCUUCAUUGACGCCGUUAUAUUCGUGCGGCUCGAGCUUGUCCGUUCGAUUUUUCGGAUCUUUUCGCCGGGCGCUUUCCUCGAGUACGCUCUCGAUCCUUCUUUCAUUUCUUAAACCUUAACGUUGUCAAUGUAACUAUCGCGAUCGAACAGUUGGAUCGAUCGUCGUCCUUGUCAUUGCCGCUACUGUUACUUCCGUAGCUGUGAGUUACUAAGCUGCUACACUGUCACAGCUGUCAGCUGUCAUCAAUGUCAUAAGUGUCAUCAAUGUCGAUGCUGUCAAUAGGUUUCCGUGUCUUGAUUUGACUUGACAGCCGUUACGGUGAUAAAAUUUACGAUUCAGUGGACAGAAUAUCUCUGAUGUUUUCCAUAGCACUUUUACAACUCAUUGCGCGUUUUUCCGUGAGAAAUAAUGAGAAAUUGUUCCGCAACGGCGAAAUCGAGCCCGCUUCCUGAAAAACGUGCAUUAUACUGUUUGCUAAUGGUAGAAUUACUUCGCGAGUCACAAUCUCGAAUUUUCUAGGGAUUUUCCGGUAUUUUUCCGCUGAACUCGCCGACAACACGCCCGAUGCGCAAGGAUUAAUCUUUGAUUAAUUUUUCGUCGACGAAAAAUCGCUCACUCUGAUUCUGUUGAUAUUGCCAAGGAUGAGAAUUUGCUCACCAAAUUUUUUUGAAACAGAGAAGAACAGAUAUUUAUUCCUCCAAAAAUGUGAAGAGAUUUAGCUGUUUCAAGUGAAAGCUAUUCUGUUUUUGAAAAGCAAGGAUUUUGCUGGAGAAAAACGAAGAACAGAUCAAAGAACAAUAGCAAAUUCGGCAUGAUCCGUGGCAGAAGUAGAAUUCACAUGAAAACAUUAGGUGGGAUGGUGGAGGCAUGGAAACCAAAACUGGCCAACCGUCUCUUCAGAGACUCUUCAGAAGUACUUUGCCAUCACCGGGAAUACCUGGAUUAGACGUCAUAAGAGCGUUACAUCAAACAGUCGUGUCACUACGCUCGGCUUUGGACUCGUCACGUGAGGAGCUUCGCCGACUGCAAGAAAGCGUCCGGAAUUUUUCUGGCGAGAAUUAUGCUGAUGCAAUAGGCCGUUUAACUCUCGAGAAUCACGUGCUCAGGCAAAGGAUCCUGAGUAGGAACUGCGAAUUCUCAUGCAAUGUAGCGACCAGCCCACCGCUUCAGUCAAGACACGUCCGACUCGCCGUAGAAGCUCACAUAAAUCAACCGACAGAUCCUGAGAAAUUAAUUAUGGAUGUACCUCAUGAGAUUACAACUAAGACUCAAAACAUGUUUAACGAACCACCCUCCGAACGCAGUGAUAACAACAGCAACAAUAAUAGUUCUGAUCCGUCUUCUCGUGCUAGCCGACCCGCUAACCUUGAAGAUUCAGUAAAAUCUUCAAUUACAGUUACCAAAGACACAGUUAAUAGCAAAAUUACUGAAGCAGCGUCCAUGAUGCUGAACGCUUCUCAAAAUGAGAACUUGAUUUUGACAACAAAUGUGAGAAACGAGGAAGAGCCUCGAAUAGAAAUGUCAGAUGAUACAACAAAUAUGGAUCGUUUAGACAUUCCUGAGAAAGAUCCCGAAGACUUAAGUUUGAAAUCUAUUUCUGACGGUGAUAAUUCCGUGUUCAGCGAUCAUAUGGAUCAAUCUCAGGUGCUUCGGCAGGGUCAACCAGGUGAUUCACCGAGACCGAAUGAACACUCAGAAAAUGAGUCAGAAGAAUUGGACGACAUCGAAUUGAUAUUCACGACAGACGAAACAUGUCGUGACCUCGGCCUGCAGGAGGACCUGGUGUCCAUCACUGAGACAGAGACCUGGCAACACACGAAUACCGGUGGUGGCCAGCCUAUGUUACUCAAGUACACAAAAUCAGCAGAAGGCGAAUCAUUGGUUUGCAAUGGUGAGAAAACCAGCUCCGUCGAAGAAGCCGUCUCCUCACAGAGUUCUAGCAUCGAUCGUGAAGAGAGUGUCGACAGGUUCGAUGAGAGCUCCAGUACCAGACUUAAUAAGAUGUGGUCGCAAUGCUCCGUCUUGGUUGAGACUGAUAUUAGCAAGUGUGGCGUGUUAGAAGAUACUGAAAGCACGGCAGGAUCAUCCUUACGACAUGUCACGAGGAGAAAUACUCUGGCUGCACCACCGACGGCUUACAGACCUAUCAUUCAUCGAGAAGCUUUGGCUAGUAAUCGGAGAAAGAACUCUGCCCCAUUGCGACCAGUAAUGGAUCGUAGUAGUGGUGCCCGAAGAGAAUCUGGCGCCCAGACAGACAUCUCUGCGCUUCCGGCACAAUGGCGCUCUGAGAGCUAUCUUGCACACAAAGUCGCACAUACCUUUACGACACUACCGAGCAAGUUUGCGCUACCAACGGGAGUACCUGGUCGAUUGAGGCUGUCGGACAAAACUCGAGAAGCUAGAAGAGUAAUGCUGUCUGACAUUAGUUUCACUAGCAUGGUACCAGAAUUAUCGAGGAGCGCGGAUCACCUGUGCCAUGAGCCACACACACAGACAUGUCUUAGUUCACGCGGCUGUGGUCUCCGUACGCCGGAAGUCCAUAGACGCGAAUCCCUGGGUUCUCCUGCGGGAUAUUGGUCCCGUUGCAAUCCCGCAACAGGUCUACCGAGUCCCUGCGACUGCCGAUUAUCAACUGACUUAUAUUCUUCGCGAUAUCGUGGCUCUCUGACAUCGAUACCGUCACCUGGUCUUGAAGUUGUCGGCGGCCCUCCGCGAAGACAUUCCUGGAGAGCAACGGCAGCAUCUUUCGAUACCUGGAAGGUCCCAGUUGCAACUUCCACGCCACGUCCGACAUGGUCUUCAAUGCCAUCUUCUCCAACACACGUACAUCCUCCGUCAAUCUCUUCCAAAACUUCGAAAAACGUACCAAAGAAAACACGAUCCAAGGUGACAUUCCAAGAAUGUCCAAUGACACGCGGUAGUUUACCCAACUUACAUUCAGACUCAGUUGGCGGCGAAAAUAGUGGAGACUCUACUGAAUCGUUGAUCGACGAAGCCGAGGAUUAUCUGCGGCGAAGCAUCGAUUCUAUGUUAACGAUAUCAAGCGCCAAUACAGAUUAUUGGAGCAAACAAACGACAAGACGAAGAAGAGCGCGAAGGUAUUCGGAACCGGAUUUAAUUCGCGAUUGGCAUCCUCCUCAGGACGCUAAGCCAUAUUUGCCAAAGAAAAUGGAAAGAAAUAAAGUUGUGUUUAUUGUAAAGUAGGUUUCUCUAUUUAAUAUUUAAAUUUUAUUUUAAAAAAUUAUAUAAAAUAGCAUCACUAUUCGAAUUGUUUUCGCACGCGACCACUAUCUCGAAGACAGCUUGAGCGAUUAACUUGCAAUUUUACAUAAUUUUUCUAAACAUUAAAAACUACUUUACAAAAGAUUUUUUAUGCUUAGUUUUUGUCACAGCAAAAACUGAGCAAAAUUUAUAAUAAAAAACGCUACCAUUUUAUUCAAAUGCAAUGUUUUGAAAAAUCAUAACUACGUCAUGUAAAUUAUAUUUCAAAAUUUGUAUCAUUUUCUUUCUGAUAAGUUCUAUAGAAGCAGCAGUGACGUUUGUAAACGCCGUUUUUAAAAAUAUGAUUUAGAAAAACUUAAAUAGUGAUGUUAUUUUAUAUUAUUUUUUUAUAAAAUUUAAAUAUUAAAUAGAGAAAAGUCUGAUCUUUACAAUGAAAUUGACAGUAAAUACAGAUUAAGGAUCUUACUGAUUUCAAUGACAUAAAUUAUUAAGGUCAUCAUGUGAGUGUAAUCAAAAGAUUUUAGAUAUCCCUCGUUAUUAAAAGAUAUUAUUAAGAAAUAAAUUAAUACAAGCGUAUACGGGCAAAUGAACAAUUUAUACUUUAUUGGACAUAAAUUACAGAAUAUUUGCAUAUGUGUAUACAUGAAUAUAAUAAAUAUUUGAACAGAGACAAUUAAUUAUGUCCUAUCUCUCAAUAGAAAUUAGUAUGUUGUGGAUCUCGUUUCACUCCAUAUGUAAGGAAAAGAGUGUAUAAAGUAGAUCAAAGUCCGUCCAUAGACUUACUAGAAUAGACUGCUUAUGAAGGUAGUAGGGAUAUCUGUCACUGAUAAAAGGAUAACUGUCGUUAAUAUGAGGUUCUAUCUCUUUCUAAUGCAGAAUAAUGGGGAAGCAUACCAAUCAAUAACGGUGUCAGAGCGUAAGCGUGUUGUCAUAUAGUAUGCGUGUUGUCGAUGUGAACUUCAUGUGAGCUCGCAUAAUCAAAACGGAUAUUUUGGGGUUAGUGAGUCUAACGUGUGAAUAAUUUUAUUUAAACAAUUGAAAUAAUGGUAUUGAGUUGCUGCGUAUACGAAGUAAAAUAUGAAAAAGACCUUCCUCGCUGCUAUGAAGUUACGCUCACUAGAAAAAGAUAGCAACCCAUAUUAACGACAGUUAUUCUUUUCUCAGUGACGGAUACCCCCACUACCUUCAUAAAGCAGUCUAUUCUAGUAAGUCUAUGGACGAACUUUGAUCCACUUCAUACACUCUUUUCCUUACAUAUGGAGUGAAACGAGAUCUAUGCCAGUGAACACAGUAAUAUAGUAGCAAUGUAAUAGCAAUGUAACCGAAUAUAACAGGUUACAUUACUCUGAUGUUACUUGUAACUUACAUUUAAGUUACAAUUUCCGACUCAGCAAUAUAACAUAUUAUAUAACAUGUUAUCUAACCGUCACAUAACAGUUACGGUAACACUGAUAUUUAAGAUAAUCAUCUUAUUAACCCAGGUAGCAAACACAAGUCAUUUUGACGUGAAAAAAAAAUUUGAAAUGACAUAAUUAUAAUGUAAAAAAAAAA